UUAUUAGGAAACAAAAAGACAAUAAAACAAGCAUGAGUUGCUACAAUAAACGUAAAAUGUCAUAUAUUAUGUAAAAUAAUGAUGGUGGAGUAUUUGCCUUUAAAGAUCUAAACGGAAGUUUGAACUUAGGUCUGAUUUAUUGAUCAAUAUUGACUAGAUCUUAUCACUUUUGUUACAUUUAAAGACUCACUAAUACACUUAUCUUUCAAUUCUUUUUUUUAAUUCUUAAUUUUUGACUUGUUUUGUGAUCAUUUCAAGUUCAGAAAGUAAAACCCUUUAAAUUAGUUUAGAAAUGUUUAAUGUUUCCUACAGAAUUUGAACGUAGCGUAGCAAAAAGUCGGUUUCCACGGCAACGCGUCACAACGACUGAGACUAAGAUGGUUUACAUCACAGAGGAGCUGAUCCGGCGGCGGGCCGAGCACAACGGCUGUGAGAUCCUCUCUCUGGAGGAGGUUUCCCUGCACCAGCAGGACAUCGAGCGGAUCGAGCAUGUGGACAGGUGGUGCAGGGAGCUGAGGAUCCUCUACCUGCAGAACAACCUCAUCCCCAGAAUCGAGAACGUGGGGCGCCUGAAGAAGCUGGAGUAUCUGAAUCUGGCCUUGAACAACAUCCAAGUCAUUGAAAACCUGGAAGGCUGUGAGAGCCUCCGGAAGCUGGACCUGACGGUGAACUUCGUGGGUCUGCUGAGCAGCGUGGAGUUGCUGCAGCACAACGCCCACCUGAGGGAGCUCUACCUGGUGGGGAACCCCUGCACCGAGUUCCAGGGCUACCGGCAGUACGUCGUGGCGGCGCUGCCUCAGCUCAAGUGGCUGGACGGGACAGAGAUCAGCCGGUCGGAGCGGAUCAGAGCCUCGCAGGGCCUGGAGCAGGUGAGGAGGCGAGUCAGGGAGCAGGAGCAGGAGUACCUGAGGAGGAGAGAGGAGCAGAAAGAAGAGGCUGCACAAAGAGACAAGGAGAGGAAACCAGACUCACAGGACGACAAGGAGAACCUGCGGAGCGCCGAGGAGGAGGAGCAGGACUUCUGGCACACGCCCUGCUCCUUCACCCCCGAGUCCCGGCUGGAGGCGCACCGCCGCCUGGAGGAGAAGAAGAACGCCAACAGGAAGGAACCAGAGAAGAAGAACAAACCUCCCAGGACUCUGAUCACCGCUGACGGACAAGUCAUGAACAUCAACGAACCCAAGUUGGCCUUUUCUCUGACUGAGGAUGAGGAAAGCAACGCUGUUGUGUUGGACCUGGCCGUUUACAGACACAUGGACACGUCCCUGAUGGAUGUGGACGUCCAGCCGACGUACGCCAGAGUCAGCGUCAAAGGAAAGAUGUUCCAGGUGGUUCUUCCUGCGGAGGUGAAGCCCGACAGCUCGACGGCCCGGCGCUCCCAGACCACCGGACACCUGGUUCUGACCAUGCCCCGGGCUGAAGGUGAACUCAGAGUGAAGAAGCCCGCUCCUCGCCAGCACCGAGACGCUCUGAGCCGCAGCUCAGCAGAGGAACGGAACAGAAAGGAUAAAACUCCUGAGAGGCUGGAAGUUGAUCCCAGUAAACGUAAAUCUGUUGAUGUCGCCAACAUCGUGCCUCAGCGGAGCAACGGAGAAGAUCUUCAGGAAAAACCAGGUCGAACAGCAGAACUCCCUGAAGAGUUCAUGGACGACCCGGAGGUUCCUCCGCUCAUCUAAAAUGUUUUUAAACACACAGUUUCACCGCCGCUCUACAGAAAAUGAUGCAAAUCCUGGUUAAGUGAUUUUAAUUGUCUUACAGCAAAACAAAUGUUAGUGUUGGUAACAAAACCUCAGAAGAUUCUGACAGAAAAACAUUUUGGUUUUAGUAAAAAGAUUUUCUUCUGGACAGUUUUUGGUGUUUUAUUCUUUUUUAAAAUCCUUUUUCUUAACCUUAAAGUACAGAAUCCAUAUGUAUGUUGUAAAUAUUAACACCAAACAAGAUUUAUCACCUGGACAGACAAAAACAGAUAAAUAUAACUUCAAUCUGCUGUCAUUGUGAAACACAUCAACCAGUGAUACUGACCUUCACCUUUAAUUGCUUUUUAAUCUGAUUGUCUUUAGUUGCAGUUUGUGACAGAUUCUCUAUGGUGAACUGGAGUUUUAAUAUUUUAGUGGAUGUCAGUGUUAUUGAUCUCAGAUUGAAGAAUCAGUGAAACCUCUAAUGAGGAAGCUGGCAGCCUCUCCGGACCUUCAUAAGAGUUUCUGCAGCUUUUCCCCAAAGUUUGAGCUCAGUGUGUGCCUGGACUCAUUUCAUUUCUUUGCAAAGAGCAAAUGUUAAAUUAGUUUCUAAUUCCUCAGAGGUACAAGGUGUGCUAACUGAACGCUGAAGUUUCCUGUUUCGGAUCUGAUGAGGGCUCAGAGGUUUAUUCGUCUCUGUCAGCGGCUCUUCAGCCUUAUUGGCCUCAACAGAAAACCUCCAAUCUGUAGAAAGAAAAUGUCAUCAGCGUAUCUGUUAGCUCGAAUAUUAGCUUAACCGUUAGCUCAGCUGUUUCCCUUAAAAUGUUUGUGCUUAUUUGCUUGAUUUUGAGAAAGUACAAUAUUUGCUUAAAUAUUCACCGUACUCUUAACUUGAUCUGUAACUUAUUGGUCACUUAAAUUGUGAUCUUGACUGAAGGUUAGCUCUCCUAUUAGCUUGUCUAUUAGUUCAUCUGCUAACUCAGCUGGUAACUUCUUCUUCUUUUGAGUUUUAUUAGCGGUUAGCAAACCAACUUAAGGUGCCCAGCUGUUAGCUUGACACCUUAGCUUUACUUUGAGUAGAGAAGCUGUUAGCUCUGUAGCAUGUUAGCUUAAUUAUUACAUGACUAUUAAUGUUAAUAGCGUUUACAUAACUUUGUGAUUGCUGUCUCACUGUUCAGUGUUGCCUUGACUAUCAACUGUUUAUGCAACUGUUUGCAUGAAUGUUAGCAUUAGCAUAGCUCAAGAGGUUCUUGACUGUUAGCUUGACUAUUAGUGAAAUUUUAGCUCAGCUUUCAUUCUGUUAACGUGACUUUAAUUAGUUAGCUACAGUAGCUUCACUGUUUUGAGUGUUUAGAACGCUGUUAGCUUACGUAUAGCUUAUAUUAGCAUGACUGUUUCUUAAAAUAAUUGAGUUUAACUGUCACGCUAACGGACAUUUGACUGAGUCCUACCCUGACUGUUAGGUCAAAGGUCAAUCUUGAGAAUUAAUGAAGGCAACUAAACCUCUCAUCCAAAAGUCGUUUUUAGUUCAGAAACUUAUAGGUUGGGAGUUUUAGGUUUAUAAACUGUCCUCAGAUCAAUCAUGCUGAUUGGGAAUUAGAGCGUCACUAAUAAGGCUGAAAUGGUUUCAAGAUAACAAAAGUCCAGUUAUCUUCCUUUAAAACUCUUACCCUGCUCUGAGUGACACACCAGAGGUUAGUAUUAGCUUAAUAAGUAGGGAAGCAGUUAGAUUAAAUAUUAACUUAAUUGUUGAUUUUGCUGUUAGCUCAGCAAUUAGCUUGACUGAUGAUUAUGUGUUGUUAGCAGUUAGCGUAGCCUCUCUCAUACCCGACCUUAGUUGACGGAUAUUUAACUGCUGCUGGUCGACCAAAGUUUGUUUGUUUCUUUUUUAAGUGAACAUAUUCCUCUCAUUAAUUCACCAGCUACUAAAAUCCUGACUUGUUCUCUUCCCUGAUUUAAUUUGUGCUGCUUUUAAGCUGCAGCUGAAGAAAAAUCGAUGAGCUGUGGCUGUUUUUUGUUCUGUUUGCGGCUUUAGGCCGUUGUGUUGUGAUGCUUUGCCUCAGAUUCGGGUCCUCUGCCAGACUUUGAUCAGAAGCUCCUCUCUGCCCAGAGGACAUAAACUUAUUCUUCAGCUCGCUCUUCUCUCCUUGAAUCUCGGCUGAACUCUCCUGAGUCUUCACUUUCCUCUUGAGUUGUCACCUUAAAAAGCUCCGAGGUCGUUCCUCCUCUUCCUCGCCCUCUUCUUCCUCCUCUGUACGCCUGCAGGAAUCGUUCUGCCUUCCUGACGGCUUCACUCUUUUAUUAUCCAGGCUAUAUUUGGACUGAGCUGUAUGCGCUGUACAGCAGGAUGUUUGUCUUUACUGCAACCUGCAAGUACAUCAAAACUCCUGGAGCCUGGAGCCGCACUUUGGUAAUUAAUUUCUCCAGUUUUACUGGAAAACAUCUUUAUUAGUUAUUGUAACCCAGAAAUGAGUCGAUAACUGAUAACUGAUCAGGCAUUUGCUGGCUGCAGAUUUCUGAUUUAUUGGUAAUAAAGCCCCUGCUCUGUGCAGUAACUCAGUGUUCGCUUCCCACUUCCACAGCUUUUCAAAAUGAAGGCGUGUUUAUUUAUAGGCUAAGGAAAUGUGUUGCUCAUCACUGAGAGGAAAUAAACUCAAAAAUAAAAUCAACUUCAUGCAAAUAAAGUUUACAGCUCAUGGAAAACAUCAGCUGUAGGUUUCUGAGCAGUUUUAGGAAAUGUUCAGAACAAAUUCUUUGGUUAACCAGAAGACAGUUUUGACUUUGAAUAGGCCAUUUAUUUUUUUACAUUCUAUUGCCAGAUAUAUGAUUAUGAUCUAAUUGGUUAAAAUGUAAACAUUUUUCUAGAUUAUCCUGAGAUCAUCAGGGCAUAAAUCUUGUUUUUCUGUCAUAUUAUGUCUAAACUAAUAAAUAAGUUAACAUAAAAUUAGUCCAUUGCCUCAAAAAUGUAAAAUCUUUCAAACUAACUCCUUUUGCAUUGAUUGAGAUUUUCAAGAAUUUAUGGAUAUUAAGGAUUUGAUGUCGGUGUUAAAUUAGAUAACUUUAAUGUUUCCUAGUUUUGAGUUAGAUGGAUGGAUAUGAAUGUAAACGAUAUAAUCUGUAGAGAAUUAUUUAAAAAAUAUGAACAAGAAUCAAACCCUGGAAAAUUACAAUCAAAUUAAUGACUUUUCCUUAAUCUGUAAACCGGAUUGUCUUUGUAACGAACAGACCAGAGGAGGACCGAGUGUGGCGCCUUGUGGAGCUCCGUCAGUAAUACUUUAUCUGAUCUGAGAACAGAAACAGAAAAUACUGCUGAUGUGUUCACAGCACUGGGAAAACUUACAGGAAGCUGUUGUUUUAAAAACAAAUCAGUCUGAAUAAUCUAUGGAUACUUUUAUCUGCUCAUGUUUCUACAGAUGUAAAUACGUUUUAGCUCAUUUCCUUUUGGGUUUUGCUUCAUUUCAGACAUUUAAAUCUGUAUUUGUACUGUAUAUAGUUUAAUUUUCCCCUGAUAUUCACCUUUAAAGCAGAUUUAAUCUAAUCUUGUGUUUUUUCUUAUAUGAAUUAGCAUCAUUGUUAAAUUUCUGUUUUUCCCACAAAUCUGUAAAUUCUUCAUUAAAUUGUCUGGAAGCAGCUUAGAAACCAUCAGUGGUAUUUAACAGCUGAUUUAACUGGUGUUUACUGUCACACUGGGACCAUUAUAUCAGGGUUAAUGGCUCAGAGUGCUUUGCUCAUUCUGACUGACUGGUUUUUGUGGUCAAAAUGGUUUUAAUGGAUUUAGUGGUCGAUUUUCUUCCUGUCCUCAGUUUUGAAUUAAAUUCUCUGUUGUUUUUAUCAGUUUCUUUUUCUUAAUAUGAUGAUUUUUCUCACUGACCCAGUUCUUCGGCGCUGCUGGGUGUUUUUUUCCUGACUUUAUGAGGAGCAUUUCUUCAGUCAGACGGCGUACGCUAACGUCUCCUAGCUUCUCCUCCACAUGAAAAGCCCUCCAGCUAAAUGUAUAAUUCAGGCUGAAUGUCUCUGGUUGUUUCUACAAUCAUCCAGGAGGUUGGAAAGGCCCAUCAGAUUCGUUAAUAUAGAGUCAAAGUUCUUGAUUGUGGAACCGUAAACAGAUGAUGGUUCCUAAAUAUGUGAUGCAAGUCUCAGAUAUUUACAGCUCAUUGUUUACUGCUGCGCUCACACAAUGAGGUGAGGUUUCCAGAUCUGUAAGUGUUCCUCAGUUCUAAUCUUUGUUCAACUUCCUGUUUUAUUGUCUGCUGUUUUCUUUCCUCCGUCUCUCUGUGAGAUGAAUUAUUUAACCUGCCUUCACAAACCCUCCCUGUCUCCAUCUUUGCGUCCUGAGCUGCAGCCAUGGACAGUUGCGGGGUUUCCUCUGCAGCAGCGCCAUCAGAAGCAACCAAUCACAGGAGGAAUCUGACUCCUGCCUUCGUUUUUAUAAACUGCUGCCACAGCAAAACAUCUGAUCCUGUGUCAGUCCUGCAGAAGACGACAGCUGGACUCAUUUUUCACGGGAGCAGUUUGAUUCAUGGCGGCUCUACGUCCAUGUUGGGCUCCACCGGGAAAAUCCACCGAUCAUCUCAAGGUCAAGACCAAAUUAAAUCUCUUUGUUUCUACCUUUAAUUUAUAAUCUCAUGUCUAAAAUCAAAUCUGUAAACCAAGAAAAUAUUUUUUUAUAUUUGUUGCAUAAUUAGGCCUAAACAGUCCAUCAGAUUUUAUUAAAUCUAAUGUGAUGAAACUUGUAAAUCAUAUUUAGAUCAAAAUUAACUUCCAGUGCAGCUACAAGUGGUUUGAUGAUGUUUUUCUAGCCGAACGAAUCACAAAAUGAUAGAUUAGACCAAAUACAGACAAACUACAUUAAAUUAAUGAAGCAAACACUAUUUUUAAAAAUACAUUAAAGUUAACCCAAACAUAAUACAAUACAAGAGAUGUUAUACAUGCUAACUAGCACACCAACUAGCUAGCUAGCAUGUGUAAACCAUUCGCAGAAGUCUGAUUGCUGUCACAUUUUUCAGUAGCAUAAACAACCAGGCAUCAAAAAUCUGGAUGCAGUUAAAUAAUCUGGAUGCAGUUAAAUAAUCUGGAUGCAGUUAAAUAAUCUGGAUGCAGUUAAAUAAUCUGGAUGCAGUUAAAUAAUACUCAGAGUUAAAUCAGGAUCUGCAGCAGGACUGAGCUGGACUUGAACUGAAAGGUUUUAACUCAGGCUAACAAGAAUGCAAGAAUGUCAGAUUAAUUUUGGGCUUUUACCAAAGUGUGAACGGUAAUAUUUCCAAAAUAAUAAGACGAUACAACUUUAAACAAUCCCAUUCGGGCUUCAAUAUAAGCAUCCUUUGUUUGUCAGCCUGCUGAGUCUUCCAGCUUUUCUGUAAAACCAAAUCUGAACUUGUUUCCGUUAACCUCACUCCCGUCUACAAUGAGAGGAUUUCCUCGCCCGUCUCCUCCUCAGCUGGUCGUGUCGCUGAAGUCGUCCCCGUCUUCGUGUCUUUUAACCCCGCGCCGUGAAAGUUGGAUGAGCUGGAUCAAUAAAACAUGGUGGCUGAGGAGUCGACCACAUCAUGCAGAUAUAACGCAGCGCUGUAAUGCCUUCAAUUAUUCACCAGUUGGGUCUCUGACAAAGACCCAGGAAGGAUCCUCACAGUCUGGGUAAACAGGAAACAAGCAGUACCUGCAGCAGCAUGCUAGGAAAACAUUCACUCAAAAGAAAACACACAUUUUACUAAAAAGAGAUGUCUUUUGUCUCAUGAUUUGGUUUUUUGAACUUUGGUUUAGUGUUGCUGUAAUGAAGUCUGGAUUCUACAGCUUGAAAAGCCAAAGCCACAUCAACGAUGGAAAUUAUGCUAAAAUUGAAGUCAUGCUUUUAGCAUUUUGUUCUAGCAAACCUGCAGCUGUGGCUUUGGCAUUUUGUUGUAGUUUUCAGACUGAAUACAUUAUACAAAAUUAAACCAUUUUACCAAACCACUGUGGCUUGUUUUCCACACAGUGGUAAAAUAACACAUCUGUACUUGUUGCAUAACUAAUAAAAUGCAUUUUAAACUUCAUCUAAAUAAAUAAAAAUAUGUUUUUAAGUCUUAUAAGGUUGGUUUGGACAUUUACGUCUAUUUAACCACUCAGGAUCACCUGAAUUCAGUUGAACUAUUAUGGUUCCUGGUGUCAAGUUGUCACUAAGCCUAACUUAGCAUUUAGCAAUCAAGUCACCUAGCUUUCCAUUUAGCUUAACCUAGUUUAAUAGCAUGUUACUUUAGCAACAACCUUUAACUUUGCAAUCUGUUAGCUUAGCUUUGCAAUAUGAUCAACAAACUUCAUUGAUCAAUAACACCAUUUAGCUUAACCUAGACUAGCGACAUUGUCAGUUAGCUUAUUUUAGCAACAAUGGAUUUUGUAAAAUUUUCCAGUGGUUAUUUACACUUUAAGAACAUUUGUUGAAUUCUAACAAUGAAAUUAAGAAACAAUUGUUUAGCACUCCUCCUCCUGCUUCUGGUGAAGCUUAUUCUGGUUAAAAUUGGGCCGAUUUUAGACGUUAUUAAGCCUGAAAGUCAUAAAGAGCUCCUGAAAAGUAGAAACUGUGAUCUUGCAGAGUCUUUUGAAGGUUUUAUCCUGCUCAGGUUUCUGUGUGUCAUCAGGGAGGAUCCCGCCGGUCCAGUCAGGAGUCUCUGAACUCUCCUGUCACUCCGAUGUCCAGCUCAGCCUCAACGACCUCGCCACUCAGCCGUGAAAACUUCAGGAGCGGCAGCAGAAUAAAACUUUCAAAAACCUUCUGGCACAAGACAACGGUGACGAAGCGAGAAAGCAGGAAGACCUGGAAAAACCCAGAGGUUCAGAUCCGGCUGGUUAUGAAACACAAACAAAUCACAAACGUCUUAAACAGGAAAUGACGUCAAUAACAAAGUGAAAAAACAGAACAUAUGGAAAUUAUGCUUAAACUGCUUCUAAAUUAAAGUUAUAUAAACAUUUUGUAAGUUUAAGAAAAAACUUUGAGCCAAAAGUUUGGAAAGUUGGAAAUUCAAUUCAAUAUUUUGAAUUUAGCUGAAAAAUACAGUGACCUAAUAAACAAAAUAUUCCCUUUGUCUAGUUCUAGCAACGAUAACUUAGCUUAGGUUAGCAAAAUGGCUGCCUCGCAUUAGGCUAAUAUAGCCUAGCUUAGCAUAAUAUCAGUAGAUCACUUACUUUAACUUAGCAAGACGAGCACUUGUAUACUCAGUUGGCUUUAUUUAGUCAGGCUAAAUACACAGCUAGCUUAGCAGUGUUUUAAUGUAGCUAGCUUAGCAAUAUGGUAACUCAGCAACAUUUUCUCUUAGCUUAGCAGCAACAGAGUCACUUACCCAAGUUUAGAAAUGUUGUAACUUUGUUCAAUUCAGAGAAAUAAUUACUUAACUUAAUUUGGCAGAUUAAUUAUUUUUCCUAAUUUGGAAAAAUGUCACAUUAGCUUAAAAAAAGGAUUGUUUAUUUAACAUCUAAACUAAGGAGUCUGGAUCUCUUUUUUUUUUACAAACUAACAACAUUAUAACCCCUUCUGUCUUUUUGUUUUAUCAUAAAGUCUGACGUUUUUUUUAAACCAACUUUGAAUUAAAAAUGCAUAAAACACAGUAAUUAAUAACCGGUUGCAUGUUUUUCAGUGUCACAUAGAGUCUCUUUUUUUACAGCGCACAAAUAAAAACAUUUUCAUUGGAUAUUGUUCAUUGGAUACAGGGAACAACCUCACUCCUUCUCACUGUGGUAGAGGAACCCAGAUUAUGAUUUGUUUUAUAAAAAUGAAUUUUUAGUCAUUAUUGUCUGCUGAAAAAAGGAAGAAAACAUAAAAGUCUGCAGAAGAGUUUAUGUUCCAGUUAUUUAUCCAGACUUCAAAAAGAUACAAGAACCUGAAGGACAUAUUUAACAAGUAUGAAGAGAGCAGAAUUUGCUGCAGUAAAGUCUAAAAAAAGCCGAACUCCAGCAGGAGGAUUGAUUUUUAUGAGUAGCUAUAAGAAGCAGCGCGGAGUCUGAAUCCCUUCUGUCCCUGGGAGGCGAUUCGGAGCCGCCGUGACUCACCGGAUCGUCCUGUACAGCAGAACCAGCACACUGGCAAAUCAUUGCUUUUUCAAUUACUGAUCUGUCCGGCCGCUUCUCAUCCAGAUAAUUAGUCAAAUCCAGCGACCGGCAGCGGUUAAGUAGCUAAAGGGCAAACAGACGUCAAACCAAUCUAUUUUAGGAUUUCUCGGCUCCUCUGGGUGAAUCCUGGAGCAGACGACAAAAACCUGCAGCACAGAGAAAACAUUUUCACAUGUUAGAAGGGAAAUAAUCUGACAGUGGAACUACAUUUUUUAAUUAAUAGGAAGGAAUUAAUGACUAAAAACAAGAUCUUAUAUCUUCCUGAUAAGUUUGAAAUGACUUGUAAGUUUUGUUUUAUUUAAUGUGUAAUUUAAGAUAUUUGCACCAGAAACUAGAGAAAAAUACUUGGUAAGGUUUUGUGUUUUUACAGUGCAGAUGGACUUUCAUCAACACAAAGAUGAAAAUAUCUUCACUAAAAGGUUUGAAUGUUAGUCGCAACUAAAAGUCAUCGCUGAAGAGUUUAUCUUUAUAAUAAAAUCUGUUUUCUAAAUAAA